CGGCCCUUUAGCCAAUAGAAUUUCCGGAGGAGUGAACAAUUUUUUUUCGGCGUGGCAGGUCCUGGUACCACCCAUUGGGGGCGGAGCCUUAAUGAGAGGUGUGGCUCUGGGGCGUGGCCUGUGAUUGACAGCCUUACACGCCCACCCUUAGGGGCCCCUUUUCCCACGGGAAGCCCCCAGGCCAACGUUCCCGCCCCCAGACGGGAUCCAGCCGCCCGUUGGAGGCCUUUAGGAGUUCCCAGCGCCUCCCGUCGAUCUCUGAUCGACCGUCGUCCAGCGGCGUUCUCGCGCGCCCGGGAUCCGGGAGUGGGGGGCUCUGCCCGGAGCCGCGGCCGUGAGCGAACUGCAUCUCCCGCCGGGGUCGGCGCGGCUCGCCAGCCCGCGCUCCCGCCCGCGCCCCGCGCACACGCCGGACCCCGAGGACCCCGUCCGCAGCGCACGGCCCGGCCGAGAUCCUCUCCAACCUCUCAGCACCAGCCCGGGCCUGGGAGCCAGCAAUGAAGCAGGAUUUCGCCUUCGACAACAUUGGCUACGAAGACGGCCUAGAAGACGCCUGUCCUUCCCCGACUGCCACUGGCACCAUCAGCAUCCAGGGCAUGACGUGCCUGUCUUGUGUUCAGUCCAUCGAGGGCAGAAUCAGCCGCCUGCAGGGCGUCGUGAGCAUCAGGGUCUCCCUGGAACGAGGCAGCGCCACAGUGCAGUACUUGCCGUCCGUCCUGAACCUGCAGCAGAUCUGCUGUCACAUCGAGGACAUGGGCUUUGAGGCCCGACCCAUGGAGGCCAAGGCUGCCUCCUGGCCCUCAAGGUCUGAGCCAGCCCUGGAGGCCGUGGUCAAGCUUCGGGUGGAGGGCAUGACCUGCCAGUCCUGCGUCAGCUCCAUCGAGGGCAAAAUCGGGAAGCUGCAAGGCGUGGUGAGGAUCAGGGUCUCGCUCGGCAACCGUGAGGCCGUCAUCACCUACCAACCUUACUUCAUCCGGCCCCAGGACCUCCGGGACCAUGUCAAUGACAUGGGCUUUGAAGCUGUGAUCAAGAACAAAGGGACUCCUUUGAGCCUGGGACCCGCUACUAUCCAGCGGUUAAGGGACAAUAGUUCUAAGGCACCUUUAGCGUCUGCCAACCAGAAUCCCAAUAGCACAGAGACCCCGGGGAACCCAGGGGCUCCUGUGGUUCCUCUGCAGCUGAGAGUGGAGGGCAUGCACUGUAAGUCUUGUGUCCUGAAUAUCGAGGAGAACAUAGGCCGGCUCCCGGGGGUCCAGAAUAUCCACGUGUCCUUGGAGAACAGGACCGCCCAAGUGCAGUAUGACCCUGCCCGUGUCUCCCCAGAAGCCCUGCAGAGGGCCAUCGAGGCGCUGCCGCCUGGGAACUUUCAAGUUUCUCUUCCUGACGGGAGCAGGACAGAUGGUGGGUCUCUGGGUCCCCCCCUGGCGCCCCCCCAGCAGCUGCCCGGGCAGGAUGCGUGCUGUACCACGAGGCUUGCCAUUGUUGGCAUGACUUGUACGUCCUGUGUCCAGACCAUUGAAGGCGUGAUCUCGCAGAGGAAAGGGGUGCGGCAGAUCCUGGUCUCCCUGCAUGAGGGAACUGGAACAAUUCUCCACGAUCCCUUUGUGAUUAACCCUGAGGAACUCCGAGCUGCUGUAGAAGACAUGGGGUUCGAGGCAUCUGUCAUUCCUGACAACUCUUCCAGCAGCCAAGUUGGGAACCACAGUGCAGGGAAGUCAAUGGCGCAAACAGCAGUGGGCACACCCAUGUCUCUGCCAGAAGUGGCUCCUCAGGCCGGAGCACCCCUGAAACCUCCCAGCCCCGGCCACUUGCCCAAGUCCCCGCAAGCCUCUGCAGCAGUGGCGUCCCAGAAGUGCUUUCUGAAGAUCACAGGCAUGACCUGUGCGUCCUGCGUGUCCAACAUAGAGAGGAGCCUGCAGAAGGAAGUUGGGAUCCUUUCUGUGCUGGUGGCCUUGAUGGCUGGGAAGGCAGAGGUGAAGUAUGACCCGGAAGUCAUCCAGCCCUUGGAGAUCGCUCAGCUCGUCCAGGACCUGGGCUUUGAGGCAUCGGUCAUGGAAGACUACACAGGCUCGGACGGAGACCUUGAGCUGAUCGUCACAGGGAUGACCUGUGCUUCCUGUGUUCACAACAUCGAGUCCAAGCUCACGAGGACAAAGGGCAUCACGUACGCCUCCGUUGCUCUCGCCACCAGCAAAGCCCAUGUCAAGUUUGAUCCCGAAAUAAUCGGUCCACGGGAUAUUGUCAAACUUAUCGAGGAGAUCGGCUUUCGUGCUGCCCCGGCCCAGAGAAGCCCCGGUGCGCAUCACUUGGACCACAAGAUGGAAAUAAAGCAGUGGCGGAAGUCGUUCCUGUGCAGCCUGGUGUUUGGCAUCCCCGUGAUGGGCCUGAUGGUCUUCAUGCUGGUCCCCAGCGGCCAGCCUCACGAGUCCAUGGUUCUGGACCACAACAUAGUUCCCGGACUGUCCAUCCUGAACCUCGUCUUCUUCAUCUUGUGUACCUUUGUGCAGUUCCUGGGCGGCUGGUACUUCUAUGUUCAGGCCUACAAAUCUCUGAAGCACAGGGCGGCCAACAUGGAUGUGCUCAUCGUGCUGGCCACGAGCAUCGCCUAUAUUUACUCCCUGGUCAUCCUGGUGGUGGCCAUGGCUGAGAAGGCCGAGAGGAGCCCCGUGACCUUCUUCGACACGCCCCCCAUGCUCUUCGUAUUCAUUGCCUUGGGACGGUGGCUGGAGCACGUGGCCAAGAGCAAAACCUCCGAGGCCCUGGCCAAGCUCAUGUCUCUCCAAGCCACAGAGGCCACGGUCGUGACCCUGGGUGAGGACAACUCCAUCGUCAGGGAGGAGCAGGUGCCCAUGGAGCUGGUGCAGCGGGGAGAUGUCAUCAAGGUUGUCCCGGGGGGCAAGUUCCCCGUGGAUGGGAAAGUCCUAGAGGGCAAUACCAUGGCCGAUGAGUCACUCAUCACAGGAGAAGCCAUGCCUGUCACGAAGAAACCUGGCAGCACCGUGAUCGCUGGGUCCAUCAACGCCCACGGCUCUGUGCUCAUAAACGCCACGCACGUGGGCAACGACACGACUUUGGCCCAGAUAGUGAAACUGGUGGAAGAAGCUCAGAUGUCGAAGGCGCCCAUUCAGCAGCUGGCUGACCGCUUUAGCGGCUACUUUGUUCCAUUUAUCAUCAUCAUUUCAACUUUGACGUUGGUGGUAUGGAUAAUAAUCGGUUUUAUCGAUUUUGAUGUUGUUCAGAAAUACUUUCCUACCCCGAGCAAGCACCUGUCCCAGGCCGAGGUGAUCAUCCGCUUCGCGUUCCAGACGUCCAUCACGGUGCUGUGCAUCGCCUGCCCCUGCUCCUUGGGCCUGGCCACACCCACGGCGGUCAUGGUGGGCACAGGUGUGGCCGCGCAGAAUGGCAUCCUCAUCAAGGGAGGCAAGCCGCUGGAGAUGGCCCACAAGAUCAAGACCGUGAUGUUUGACAAAACCGGCACCAUCACCUACGGGGUCCCCAAAGUCAUGCGGGUCCUCCUGCUGGUGGACAUGGCCACGCUGCCCCUCAGGAAGGUUCUGGCCGUGGUGGGGACAGCGGAGGCCAGCAGUGAGCACCCCCUAGGGGUGGCUGUCACCAAGUACUGCAAAGAGGAGCUGGGGACAGAGACCCUGGGAUACUGCACAGACUUCCAGGCCGUGCCGGGCUGUGGGAUCGGCUGCAAAGUGGGCAGCGUGGAGGGCGUCCUGGGGCGGAGCGAGCGGACGGCUUCCCUGAACGGGCUUGGCAGCGCUCCCGCAGAAACAGACGUGACCCCCCACAUCUUUUCUGUGCUGAUUGGAAACCGUGAAUGGAUGAGGCGCAACGGCCUGACGAUCUCCCGCGAUGUCAGCGACGCGAUGACAGACCAUGAGAUGAAGGGCCAGACGGCCAUCCUGGUAGCUAUUGAUGGCGUGCUCUGCGGGAUGAUCGCCAUCGCCGACGCCGUGAAGCAGGAGGCGGCGCUGGCCGUGCACACGCUGAAGAGCAUGGGCGUGGACGUGGUGCUCAUCACUGGGGACAACCGCAAGACAGCCAGAGCCAUCGCCACCCAGGUCGGCAUCAACAAGGUCUUUGCAGAGGUGCUGCCUUCUCACAAAGUGGCCAAGGUGCAGGAACUGCAGAGUACGGGCAGGAAAGUGGCCAUGGUGGGCGACGGGGUCAACGACUCACCGGCCCUGGCCCGGGCCGACGUGGGCAUUGCCAUUGGCACAGGCACUGAUGUCGCCAUCGAGGCAGCGGACGUGGUCCUCAUCAGAAACGACCUGCUGGACGUGGUGGCCAGCAUCCACCUCUCCAAGAGGACUGUCUGGAGGAUCCGCCUCAACCUGGUGCUGGCGCUCAUCUACAACCUGGUGGGGAUCCCCAUUGCUGCAGGUGUCUUCAUGCCCCUGGGCAUCGUGCUGCAGCCAUGGAUGGGCUCGGCGGCCAUGGCGGCCUCCUCCGUGUCCGUGGUCCUCUCCUCACUGCAGCUCAAAUGCUACAGGAAGCCGGACCAGGAGCGGUACGAGGCGCAGGCGCACGGGCGCAUGCGGCCGCUGAGUGCGUCCCAGGUCAGCGUGCACAUCGGCCUGGAUGACCGGCGGCGGGACUCCCCACGGGCCACGGCCUGGGACCAGGUCAGCUACAUCAGCCAGGUGUCGCUGUCCUCCCUCAAGUCCGACAAGCUGUCCCGGCACAGCAGUGGGGACGACGCCGGGGACAAGUGGUCCCUGCUGCUGAACGACCGGGACGAGGAGCAGUGCAUCUGAGCGUGCGCAGGGCCCCGGGCGGGGUGCCAGCAUCAGACCCGGUCCAGCCCGCGCGCCGACCCCCGGGCACAUGCCAGGCGCUCUCGGGAAACCUGCUGGGGUGGACAUGCCCUCAGAGCCCAGCCUGUGCACAGCGCCUCCCCACGCGCCCAGUGCCUCGUGCCCGAGACCACAGCUUACCUCAAGCCGCCCUGUGGGUGUUUCAUUGGCACAGCUGCUUUCUCUUCUUUUCUUCACACUGAGAAUCUUCUGUCAUCUUCCAGGGCCAGGGCCCAUCCCUCAUGGUCCCGCUGCUGCUGUGAGGCGCUUCCUCAAGUGCAUUCGUGUGUGUGUGUGUGUGUGUGUGUGUGUGUGUGUGUGUUCAUGUAUGCAUGGGAUCAUAUGUGCUCAUACUUGUGUGUGCUCCUGUAUGCUCAUGUGUAUGUGUUUGUGUGUGCUUCUGUGCAUCUGCUCAUGUGUGUAUGUGUGUGCUCCUGUGUAUAGGAUUGGAUGUGCUGCUCAUAUGUGUUUUUGUGUUUGCUCAUGUGUGUGCAUAGGUGCUUCUGCGUGUGCCUGGGUAUGCACUUGUGUGUGCUCCUGUGUGUGAGCUCCUGCAUGUGUGUGCACAUUCUUGUGCCUGACUGCUGUCUGGGCCCGGCAGAGAGCUGGCCGUGCUUCCUCUCAGCUGGGUGCGGCUCCUUUGCUUCCUCGCACCUUCUGCGGUGCCCUGGUUGCUUCGGCUGCUCAGCUGUAGGUUCCUGUCUCCGAGCUUGAGACUGGAGUCCGGAAUGCAGCCUGCUCUCGCCCUGGUGCUGGGUGCUCGGAGCAGUGUCCAGAGGAGGCAUGGGACACGCAGACACCUCCUUGCAUGCUUCCAGAUGCUUCCCCAUGACCUGCUGUCUUGGGUCACCUGUUGGAGUGCAGGGCGCACGGUGACCCCUGGGAGGAGGAGAUGGCAGACUCCUGUGCACUACCAGCUGGUGCCUUAGUGGAGAGGGGGUCACCACAAGAACCCAGAGGGGGAGUGUGGCUGGUGACGGUGUAUGUGCGUGGAGACCGUCAUCGGUUGCAGUUACUGAAUGGCAGCUCCUUUUGGGGACCAGGUAAACACUUCUUCCUAGGGUCCCUCUCAGCCUCCCAACAAACCAGCAAAGUGGCUAUUAAUUUGUGUCUUACGAGAACAGAGACUGAGAGGUGCAGCUUCCCACCAGGCCCUCACGGCCAGGGCACGUGCUGGGCCAGGCUGGAGACCCCAGGGCUCUAACUGCUGCCAUCUGGAGCAUCCGUUUGCUGGUUAAGGAUAAACAAGCAAAGCGACGUUGUUCCUAGAGGAAAGGAUGUCCCUGCCAGGGGUGGGCUGCUGGGGUCCCCGGCCUCUCCCGGGGCUGGGCUGGUGCUUUCCAAGGCACCGCCUAUGGUGUGUGUGUGCUGGGUCAUGUCUGCUCCAGGCCCACUGCAGAGUUUGCUGUGUGAUUGUUCCCCCUUCCGAGUCUGUCUCUUGUUUCCUCCCUUCACUCCUCACUGUGAUCAAGGAAUGUUCCUUGUCUCCUCACUUGGCUAAUCAUUGUCUAAAGAAUCUAAUUGUAUUGAUUAAAAAAAACUUUUAGAACCAUAAGCAUCAUG